UCUUUGAUGUCUCAGAAUGCGCUGUGGAUGCCACUAGAACAGCCAUCACAUUACUUAAAUUAUUUCCGCAUAGUUAACAUUCUAUAAUCUAAAAAAAAUUUAUAAAUAAGUAUUUUCGCCAUGUUUUACCUACAUUUUGUUACCAGCGUUGUGUUUUUCAUUACUGUUGGUGCCGCUAUUAUAUCCGACGAAGGUGCUGAUGGCCUCGCAGCAGCCCCUUGGGAUGAUAAUCGAAUGGACGAGAGAAUCUAUGCAGAUUCUCCACACUACCUGACAUACCAACUAAACAGCAAACGAUAUUCAGUUCCAUAUCAUCCUGUAGCCAGGUUAAGGACCAGUCAAACAGCUGGAGUAGUAUUGCCGUAUGCUAUGAUCACUAAUCGAGAAUAUUUGAAUGAUGAAGGAAACAGAAUUGAAUCUAUUUGGAAACCUAACGCGGCUGAGCUCUUAACAAUGUUGAUGAAUCGUAGAAAAAAUGCAGAAUCGUUGGAUAACACAAAUUUUAUGCGAUUUGGAAUCAGCAAAAGAACAAAAAUUGAUUAAAGAAAAUUGUUUCUUCGACAUUGCCCUUAUCCUUCAAAAUAAUCAAAAUAUUCCAUUAAGUAGUUUGUAUUAAUCUUUGUGAACUAAGAUUCAAACUUACAUCGUGUUACAACUGUAUAAUUCUUUUUAUUUAUUUUAAUAAAGCAAUUUGUUUUU